CGAAUGAGGCGGAAAGAUUGACUUCCGUGUUUUGGCUUUAGUUUCGGGUUUUCUCCCUCAUCAUGGGUGCGUGUAUGGCCUUGUGCUCGCUGGCGAGCUGCGCGUCUUGUCUGUGCGGCUCUGCACCGUGUCUUUUAUCAGGAUGCUGUCCUUCUACAUACAACUCCACUGUGAGCCGCCUGGCCUUCUCCUUCUUCCUGCUGCUGGGCACUAUAGUGUCCAUCAUCAUGAUCCUGCCCGGCAUGGAGACGCAGCUGAAGAAGAUUCCUGGUUUCUGUGAAGGAGGCUCUUCCAUACCUGGAAUUCAUGGGAAGGUGAACUGUGAGAUCAUUGUUGGCUAUAAGUCGGUCUACAGGAUGUGCUUUGCCAUGGCCUGUUUCUUCUUCCUCUUCUCCAUCAUCAUGAUCCGUGUGAGAAGCAGCAAGGAUCCACGAGCGUCAAUUCAAAACGGUUUCUGGUUCUUCAAGUUCUUGAUUCUGGUCGCUCUUACAGUGGGAGCUUUCUUCAUUCCAGAUGGAGCGUUCAACACAGUGUGGUACUACUUCGGCGUGGUUGGGUCCUUCAUCUUCAUUCUGAUCCAGCUCAUUCUGCUGGUGGAUUUCGCUCACACCUGGAACCAGAAGUGGGUGGAGAACGCGGAGAACGGGAACAGUAAAUGCUGGUAUGCAGCCCUGCUGUCGUUCACACUGGUGCACUAUAUCUGUGCCUUUGCUGCUGUGGUUUUGUUCUAUAUAUUCUACACGCAGCCGGAGGACUGCGCCGAGCACAAAGCCUUCAUCAGUCUCAACCUCAUCUUCUGCAUCAUGGUGUCUGUGGUGGCUGUUCUUCCAAAAGUGCAGGAGGCUCAGCCGAGCUCUGGGCUGCUCCAGGCGUCUCUCAUCUCUCUCUACACCAUGUAUCUCACAUGGUCUGCGAUGAGCAACAACCCUAAUCGUAAGUGUAACCCGAGUCUGUUGAGUCUGGUCAGCGGCGGGCCGACAGCAGUCACUCCCACCAGCGCCCCCGGCAUCCAGACGCAGUGGUGGGAUGCCCAGAGCAUUGUGGGGCUGGUCAUCUUCCUCCUCUGCACACUGUAUGCCAGCAUUCGCUCCUCAAACAACAGCCAGGUGAAUAAGCUGAUGCAGACAGAGGAAGUUCAGGGGCUGGCGUCUGCUGAUGCCUGCGAGGGCGUCUCUGAGGACGGCGUGAGGCGCGCUGUGGAUAACGAAGAGGACAGCGUCACAUACAGCUACUCCUUCUUCCACUUCUCUCUGUUCCUGGCCUCCCUCUACAUCAUGAUGACCCUGACCAACUGGUACCAACCUGAAACAGACUACACAGCCAUGAAAACCAGCAUGCCGUCUGUGUGGGUUAAGAUCUGCUCGAGUUGGCUGGGUCUGGCGCUGUACCUCUGGACCCUUGUGGCUCCGCUAAUCCUGUCCGACCGAGACUUCAGCUAAACACACAGAAGAUUCAAAGAGUGGCCUUGUACUGAAGCAAUACACCGAAUUCACUUAUUUAGUGCUUUACAGAAGUUUCUGUCAAUCUUUAAGAUGCGCUGAGCUCUAUGCACACUUGUAUAUUUUCACAAGAUGCCUUUCAUAUUUUUUGUUGUUACUUAAUCAUAAUCUGUUAACAGAUUUCCUGAACUCUACCCACUGUACACCUUAGGAAGCCAGGAUUCUUGAUGUAGGACUCUUGAGCUUGAAUUCUUUGAAUUGUGUAUACUUCCAUUCACAUAUGUGCACAGUUUGAACAUCUAUUUCUGGAUAUUUCAUAGUCUUUUAUAUCUGUCUUGGGUCCAGUUUUGUUACAAAUUGCACUACGUUUGAUCAAAUCAAAGUUGAAUGUUAAGUGGAUUGCCAGAUUGCCUCAUGCAUAUCAAGAUGUUUAUUUUGAUAUGUUUCGAGAUGUUUAUCUAGAGCUGUAUCCAUUUAGAUUUGAAGCUUUAUUUUAUGAGCUGUAUAAUGACACUCCUGACCAAAAGUUUGCAGUUUUUCAGAUCAGUUGAUCUUUUGUAUUUGCACUUUUAUUCAUUCUUAUAAAACUUAUUAAAAAAAAAAAAUGUACA